AUUUUUAUUUGAAAUUCAGUUUGGUAUCUGGUUCAACGUUAUCGUUCUUACUUGAACUCGAAUCUUCAUUCCCUACUGCAAUAUUGGAUUUUUAUCACUCAUUGAGUUCGGUUAUUGGUACCCUCACAUCAUCUCUAAUGCAGUUGCUUGUUAUGGCUGGGAGGAAUCACAUGCCGAGGCAUCCAGAUAAUUUCCGGAGUGUCCGUGAUGGCCCACGUCCUUUUUUAGAUCGAGGACGGGGACCCGUACCUCAUCCUGUGGCCCUGGAAGAGGAACUUGAACUCCAGCACAGAGACAUCCAAAGGCUUCUUGCUGAAAACCGAAAUGUGGUUGAGGACAAUGUUAUGCUUCAAAGGGAAUUGACUGCAGCGAAAGAUGAGAUUCACAGAAUGGGUCAGGUCAUUCCUAAAUUGCGUGCUGACAGAGAGAUUCAAACAAGGGAGUUGGUUGAUAGAGGAUUGAAACUAGAGGCCGAGCUUCGCUCUGCUGAACCUCUGAGGGGAGAAGUAGUGCAAUUAAGAGGCGAAGCUCAGAAAUUAAGUACCUUACGGCAGGAAUUAUCAUCCCAGGUUCAAACUCUGACUAAGGAUAUUAAUCGAAUGCAAGCUGAGAAUCUUGAAAUAGCUGCCAUGAAAACUGACAUUGAUAAGAUGGGGAUAGAGCUGAUUGAUGCUAGGAGGAUGUAUGAAUAUGAGAAGAAAGGAAAUGAGGAACUGGUGGAACAAAAUCAGUCGAUGGAGAAAAAUCUCCUUUCCAUGGCUCGUGAAAUAGAGAAGCUACGUACUGAGCAAGCAAGUAUAGAAAGGAGGGCUCGAGGAGGUCUCGGUGUUGGGGGUUAUGGUAUGAUGAAUGGAAGUCCUGAAACAAGAUAUCCUGGUCCAUACGGUGAUGUAUAUGGUGCCGGACCUUGGGGAUCAUAUGAUAAGCGUGGUCCUCCCCGACACUGAUCCUUCAAUAGAAAUGCUGUGGUGCUGGAAGCAUAAUUUAUAAAUUUCUUCUCUCAUGUGCAAGGAAUCUUGAUCUUUGUAGCUUCUCCUGUGACAUAUACACACCUAUUUUAUUUCGUUGGAAUUGGGAAUCAAAUUGAAAUACUGGUACUUUUUAUGGCGAA